AUGGGUGAUCUUUCCCCUGGCCAGGUUGUCACUCUGGCUGAUGACAGAAAGGCCGUAAUCCGCUUCAUAGGGGCUACCAGCUUCGCCCCUGGAGAUUGGGUUGGUGUGGAAUUGAGUGAGCCAACGGGGAAGAAUGACGGAUCUGUUCAGGGAGAACGAUACUUCGACUGCGAACAUGGUUUCGGAAUGUUCGUCAGGCCCGCUGCGGUUGCAGCUAUUUUGGAGCAGCCCAAAAGGGAAGAGCGGAAGCCAGCACCGAAAGGAGGUUUAAAUGAAGUGCCCCAGAGAGGGAGACCGCCCAGUGGCCUCGGGCCAAAGAGGCAAAGCGGGAUUGGGUCAACUGCUGUUAGAAAACAGAGUACUACUUCAAGCCCUUCCCCUGCUCCUAGAGCUGGAGCAUCUCCUCGACUUCUCAGAUCUCCUACAAAAUCGCCUACAAAACAGUUGUCAGUAACCUCGCGAACAGCGACCACAACGACACGGUUGCCCGCCACGGGUCUGAAACCCAGACAGAGUUUGAGCGGCCGUAGCUCAAUGGCCAUUCCUCCUACAACCACAGCUUUCAAGGGCCCCCGACAAUCAGUGGAAGGGCUAACGAUCAAGUCUUCUAGUCCACUUUCUCAGCAACCACUCCCUACCAUAAAGUCUCCGCAAAAACGAUUUUCACUGAGACCUACACCCACCAAGACAUCAACCCUUGAGAAAAUUGAGAGCGCAACAAGUGAAUUGAGUGAGGAAACUGGAGAUAGUGGAUACUCGAAUUCGCCCCCCGAAUCGAGUAGACCGACCCCGGCACCGCAAGCCUCUCUAGGCCCAUCACCGCACCGAUCCGUUUCCGGGACGAAUACUGUGCUUAAGGAGGUGGAAGAUCUUAAGACUAAGCUGAGGGUCAUGGAGAAAAAGCGAGUGGAGGAUCGGGAGAAGCUCAAGUCGCUAGAAACAUUGCGAUCGGAAAGAGAUAAAUUCGAGAGUAUCAUUCAAAUACUACAAACAAAGUACCAACCACAACAACAAGAGAUUGCACAGCUACGGAAACAGCUAAAGGAUGCUGAGGCUAGAGUUGAGGAGGCGGAACGUCUUCAAGAUGAACAUGAUUCUAUCGUUGAAAUGGCUGCCCUCGAUCGCGAAAUGGCCGAGGAGAUGUGUGAGGCUAUAAAAACUGAGUAUGAAGCGUUGAAAGUGAAAUCAGAGGAGCUGGAACUAGAAAUCGAGGUGCUUAGGGAAGAAAAUCAGGAGCUAGGUCAAGUUAUGAGUCCAGAGGAAAAGUCAAGCCAGGGCUGGCUCCAGAUGGAACGGACGAAUGAAAGGCUUCGCGAAGCCCUCAUACGCCUCCGCGAUAUGACGCAACAACAGGAGGCCGAUUUACGUAACCAGAUCAAAGAACUGGAGGGGGAGCUGGAGGAUUUCACUACCAUCAAAGCCAACUACGAGAUAGCAAAGGAGCAGCUAUUAAUCUCUGAAGCCAAUAUGGAGGAUUUGAAGCAGCAAGUUGAAGCUCUUGGAGCUGAAGAGAUGAUUGAGGAACUGGCCGAAAAGAAUAUGCAGUAUCAAGAACAAGUAAAUGAGCUGAAAGCGGUGAUUGAAGAUCUUGAAAGCCUGAAAGAAAUUAGUGAUGAGCUAGAGAAUAACCAUAUUGAGACGGAAAAGCAACUCCAAGAGGAAAUCGACUUCAGGGAGAGUGUCUAUCUUGAACAAGGGCGAAAAAUUGCUCAACAGGACGAGGUUAUAGAGGACCUGGGCUAUACCUUAUCCAAAUUUCGAGAGCUGGUCACUAAUUUACAGAGUGACCUCGAGGACAUGCGGGUAUCGCAGCAACUUACAGAAACGGAGUCGACAGAGCUAACCGCACGGUCAAGAGCGAUGAUGGACCUGAACAUGAAACUUCAAGCCUCCGUAUCAAAAGCUCAGAUGAAAACGAUUGAGGUGGAACUAGGCCGUAUGGCAGCUGAAGAAUCUGCGCAGCAUUUGGAGAUUAUGAAACUUUACCUCCCGGAAUACUUUGAGAGCGAACGGAACCCAAUUCUUGCUCUACUACGGUUUAAGAGAGUUGGUUUCAAGGCAUCUCUCAUGGGCACCACAGUACGGGAAAAAAUAUCCGAUGCAACCUCCACGACGUCUGGUGAUCAUAAUGUCUUUACGGCAUAUGAAGUCCUUGAGAAGUUAACAUGGAUAGCCUCCCUUUGUGACAGAUUUAUUAAUUUUAUCAGCAGCUGUUCAAACGAGGAGUUCUCCACUUUUGAAGGAGCUUUGUACGAACUGGAGCCCGUGGAACGUACGCUUAAUUCCUGGAUUGAGGGGUUGAAGAAAAAUGAACUGAACGAAAAGAUAUGCGCUGUUGAGCUUCAAAGAUCAAUCGCAUUACUCUCUCAUCUUGCUGAAACACUCAUUCCAUCCAGUCUGGAAUCGUAUGCUGAUGAAAUUUACAUGCGUUCGGUCAUGACACAGACUUAUCUAGAAUAUGCAGCGUUAUCCUUUUCUCAGUUGAGAACUACGCUGCAAGCGAAGCUUCCAUCGCCAAGCGAUGAGGAUGAGGAGGCUCCUUUCCUGUAUCAAAAAAUCGACGCCUUGGGUAAUCAAACCCGAAGCGGGAAGAUAGUAGCCGGCAAAAUCACCCGGUAUUUGGAUGAUUUAAAAUCAAGAUGUCUUGCAUUGACUGGUGACUUUGCAGACAGCUUUGAGAAGUGCGAGGGAGCUGCUAAGGAGGUCGCCGAGCUUGCAAGACAGCUUGGAGAAAAUAUUGUGCUACUGGCGGGAGAAGAAGGGCGGACAGAGCCAAUUACGUAUGCAGAAGUUGCUGCAAAUAUGUCACAGACGGUUAUGCUUCUUUUCCAACCAUCUGCUGCUUCUGCGGAAUCUAACGAUAAUAACCCUCUAUCCAUUGCUUCCAAUAAACUACGUAUUUUGGGAGCGUAUCUCGAAAAGGCCUCCGAUGCCUCGUCCGACCUAAGCCAAACUGUUGAGUUUGAACGUCACCCCGCUCCUUGGACUAUCCGUGCGAAAGAGCUCAAGUUGAACAAAGUUAUUUCUCCAGAUGCAGACGAGGAGAUUCGGCGUCUGAAAAAUGAAAUCCACGAAACAUCCACUGCACUUGGCGCUAAAGACAAGGCUUUCGAGGAGCAAACAAUCAAGAUUGAGCUUCUUGAAUCGAGAAUGCGCGACGCCGGAAAGAAGGCUGCAUUGGUUAAGGAACUCGAAUCCAAAUUCGAUACAUUGCAAGCCAAAGAACAAGAAUUAAUGGAUAUUGUCGAGAAGCAGUCAGCUGACCUGCAAAAUAUGGAACGGGAGAGGGAUGAUUACAGAGCUCGACUAGAAAAAGCGAAACGAGCUUCGGGAUCUUCUGGCGUUUUGCUUGGAGCAGAUGGCGUAUUAACUAUCGAUGCCGCCGCUUCUUCAGCAGUGAUGAGAGAAAACGAAUCGCUACGUGCAGAGGUUGCAAACUUGCAAGCGGCUGUCCGCUUCUUGCGCGAAGACAACCGCCGCGCGAAUUAUAUGGAUCCUUAUUCUGUACAACGAACAAAUCACAUGCGUGCCUGGCUUGAUACUCCUCUAGUUCGUCCCAAGAUUGCUGCUGAUGACAAGCGGGCGAUUUGUAAUGCCGCAUCUGAAUGCCAGGAUGUUCUCACGCAUCUUCUGAAGCUAACUAAAGAGUCUAAGCUAGUGGAUCUCAAAUCCACUCUACCCGUUGAUGAAGCAAGUCGUCUUUCCUGGAGACCAGUUAAGUCGACAACUAGAUACCAAGUUCUUCGUCAGCGAGAGGAAUACGAACAGUGGACUCAAUGGAAAGAUGAAGUCGCGCGGCGUGAGCGUGCCCGGGCGCGGAAGGAGGCCAAAGCCAUCAGGAAGCAUUUUCGCUAUCCGGAUACAACGGGGGUGGCCGCUGAAGUUUCAUUUCCUCCGACGUCUGGCUCUCGAGGGGCAGAGUCUUUCAGCGAUGCUAGAGAGCAGACUGCUACAACCAAAAGUCGAGGGGUGAUGGACCGGGCUUGGAAAAUCUUGGGGAUGCAGAGAGAUUUCGAUUCGAAUGACGGUUCCGAAUAUGGUGAUCCUGAGGAAGUCACUAUCGUCAAUGCUUAA